AUGCUGCCCGUUUUGCCUGCCCGCCUCAGCUAUGUCCUAGUCGGUCUCCUUGUGACCACCGUCCUCUUCUACGCCUCCUUCCGCCCCCCAACUUCCCAGGAACAGAAUGUCUUGGAUCUCCCAGAACAAGGCACUUUCGCUCCAGACCCCCUUCCUUCACCGUCCAGACCCGCCGCAACCACAAUCCUCGAGGACCCGUCUUUAUACCGAGUGCAGAAUGAAACCCUAGGGUUUCAAGAGGUAUACAUGAUUUCCUUGCCUGCGCGCACAGACAAAAGAGACGCUUUUGCUAUGCAGGCUGCCUUUUCAGGCAUCUCCUACACCCAGAUGGAUGGAGUGGAUGGCAAGCUGGUCCCGGAAAAGGCGCUACCCCAUACCAUGGACCAGAAUGCCAAUGCCAUUGGCUGUUGGCGUGCUCACCUCGACGUGAUUCAAAGAAUCGUGCGCGAAAAGGUCUCGACGGCUUUGAUUUUCGAGGAUGACGCAGAUUGGGAUGUCUCUUUCAAAAAGCAGUUGGUCCAGUUCGCACGAGGUUCGAGGUACAUUUUGAAGACUCCGGCGCACAAAUCACCCUUCUCUCCUUACGGCGAUGACUGGGAUCUACUCUGGCUCGGCCACUGUGGAACUUGGGUACACCCGGAGGACAAUCGUCGGUUUUUCGUUAUUCCCGACGAUCCCACCGUCGAACCACCCGAAUACCGGAAGAAUGUGGAUGUGCCCGACAUGUCGCACUGGGAACAGGGUCCGAAUGGCGACAAUCGAACCAGGAUCGUCUUCAACUCUGAAGGAGGAGUUUGUACCGCGUCCUACGCCAUAUCCCAACAAGGCGCUCGGAAAGCACUCUAUCAUAUGAGUAUGGAGCCAUACAACAGCCCGAUCGACUGGGGAUUUUCCAAUCUCUGCAAAGACAGCGCAUACAACUUUACCUGUGUUUCGGUGUUUCCCCAGAUUGUCGGUGUAUCUCGGCCUACAUCAAAUACUAGUAAAUGGAGUGAUAUUGGUUACGGAGAGGAUAGAGGCGUGGAGCCGGCCAAUGCUCCACAUCUGGUCUAUUCGACUCGGCUCAACAUGGGCAAUCUGCUUGCAGGGAAGACCGUGUUUGACAGUCAAUAUCCGGAUGUGACUCCGGCGCAACUGGAUAUCAAAGACAUUGGUAAAGCUGUGGGCCAUAUCGAAGUUCUUGAGCUCGAACCCGAGCCCAAAUCCGAACCUGAGCCCGAGCCUGAGCCAGAACCACCAUCCGAGUGA